AUGAACUAUGAUGUUCGACACCAUGCCACACGCUGCGCCAGUGGCAGUGGCCGUUCCGGCAGCGGAGUAGCCGCGAGUCGCCGGGGCCAAACUUUGACCCUUUUUUCUCUCUCACUCUGUCACCUCCUUGUUCCAGAACAUCCAUAUAAGGAGAGGCGGAGGAAGAGGGGGCGCCCGGCGGGCAAAGACAAUUCUGUUUUUCCCUUAGGCCCCCCUGCAAGCCCCACAACUCUCUCCGCCAUCCCCAUCCUCAUCCCCCUCCGCCCACGCCGAUUUUCCACACUGAACCACGGGUCCACGGGGGAUCAGAGCACGGGCGCCCACUACAUACAACGGGGCGAAUACCGAUUAUCCCGGCCUAUCUCCGAUAUCGUAUCUCACACAGUCACAAUCGCCCCCAUCUACACACAGGCCACCUCAAAAUUCGGAAUUCCUCCGAGUCUGUUCGGGUCCCCCGCUUCUCCACCGACCCCCGAGAACGAGACAAGUAGGACCCCGGUCAUUCCGCUGGUUCACUGGUCGCGUGGUCGAUUUGUCGUUGCCGGCGGACGGCACGUCAUUUCUGCGAUUUCCGCCCGCCCCUGGCGUUGA